AAGGGGUUUAGGAUAAAUUAUGUGUAUUACAGAACUACCCUCAGGACUAAACGCUGUGUUAGUUUUAGUGUAAAACGUCGUCGGAUAAACUCAGCUGUUCAGUGAAUCAUCAGAGGUGAUGGAGGCACCGGAGUGUCCGGUAUGUCUACAGUCGUACGACGGCGAGUGCUCAGUUCCGCGUGUGCUCGCCUGCGGACACACGGCUUGCGAAGAGUGCUUAACGAAUCUUCCCAAGAAGUUUCCGGAUACGAUCCGAUGUCCUGCGUGCACUGUUCUCGUCAAGUUUCCUCUUCAAGGACCAUCAGCUCUCCCCAAAAACAUCGAUCUUCUCAGAUUAUUCCCUUCUGUUUCUCAGAUUAAGCUCGAAUCUGGUCGGAAUUUUAAAAAACCUGUUGAAUUUGUCACUCGAUCAUGGUCUGACGACUUUUACGCCACUUGGAAGGAUCGGAUCCUAGUGCACGACGCCGUCUCCGUAGAAAAUGGUGAGGGUGAAAUUAGUGAUCUUGCUUCAUCUUCGCGUUUAUUUGGAAGUCUGAAGAAUGAUUCGAAGGUGAGUCUUUUACGGGUUGCUUCGUUCGAGCUUGAUGAUUGUGAUUCUGUCCUCAAGUAUAGUUAUGUCCAGAGGAUGAUGAGUUGUCUGUGGGGGUUGAAAGAUGAGGAGAGAGAUGAGCUUGAAAAGAUCAUCUCUAUUAUGCAGAGAGGUGUUUCUAAAGUUUUUGGCUUGUGGGGUGACUUGAAGAAUGGGGUUUUGUAUUUAGUGGGUGAGAAGCUUAUUGAAUUUCCGUGGGAAGAAUUCGAUAGUCUCACUGACGAUGAUGCUUCACGUUUAGGAAUAGUUGGUAUGCAAAUAUGUGAGGCACUUCUCAAUCUGCACAAGGAAGGGGUGAUCUCAGGCUGUUUGAGCGUUUCCUGUGUGAAGUUUGACGAAUUUGAGAAUGCUUAUGUUGACUUGAUUGAGUUGAUGGAAACUGGUAGGAAUGUGUGUCGCAUUAUCGCUGAAGAAACUAAGUCUUUGAGAAAACCAGUUGAUGCUUCGGAAAUGGAUUCGCUUUUGGUUGGAUUACUACAGAAGGGGAUUUUUAUGAGCUCAGAGUUUUUGUUUGAAUUGUUGAAAGAACAGAAUAUGUUGGUAAAAAAUGACAGCUCAAAAUCUCUGGUUUCAUAUAGUGCUGAUGUUUGGCCAGUUUGUUUUCUUCUCCUUAAGCUUCGUCUUGGAAACCGGUUUACCAAGGAGCUGAUUGAAAGUGUGGAUGCAAAAGGACGUGAAGAGAGUAUUGAGGAUCUCUUGGUGCUCUACACAGGUAUUACGGAGAAACUUUGUUUGGAAUCUGAACUCCAAGGGAAGUUUAAAUUGAUGGUUGAAAUUCUUCGUCAAUGUUGCUGUAUUGAUCCUCAGGCUCGUCCAGUUUUGACUGAUCUAUGGAAAUGCAACAGGGACCUAGUCAUGAAUCCUAGGUUUAAUUCUAUGCGUGGAUUGCAUAAGAAGAUUCCUGGGAAAAGGAAAGAGUUCUGUUUGGCUCUAAGUGAAUUAUGUCACCUGGUAGAAGUGGAAUCAAAAGAAUUGGAAGAAGCGUCGCCUGGAAUGAAAACUGGUGGAAAAGCAGAGGAGGGUAAGGUUGACAUAGAUUUUCUUGGGAGACUUUCAGAAGGAAAGGUUAAAUCUAAAGACAUUCGGGGACACCAAGACUCUGUCACGGCUCUAGCGGUUGGAGGUGGGUUUCUGUUCAGCUCCUCAUAUGAUAAAACAAUCCUUAUAUGGUCUCUGAAGGACUUCUCCCAUGUGCAUACAUUUAAAGGUCAUCAGGAUAAAGUAAUGGCUGUGAUACACAUCGAGGGAGCAAAACCAGUAUGUAUCAGUGGUGACGGUGGAGGAGGUAUCUUUGUAUGGAGCACCACUGUCCCUAUGGAAGAUCAGCCUCUAAGAAAGUGGUACGAGCCAAAAGACUGGCGAUAUACUGGCAUUCAUGCAUUGGCAUACUCAGAAUACGGGCAUGUGUAUAGUGGCAGUGGAGAUAACACUAUCAAAGCUUGGUCAUUGCAAGAUGGAAGCCUGGUUUGUACUAUGAGUGGUCAUAAAUCUGUAGUCUCAACGCUUGUUGUACUAAAUGGAGUACUAUACAGCGGAAGUUGGGAUGGAACCGUUAGAUUGUGGAGUCUAAGUGACCACAGUUUGUUGACAGUGUUGGGGGAAGAGACUCCAGGUAUUGUGAGAUCUAUUCUGUCUCUAGCUGCAGACGAUCAAACCUUAGUGGCAGCUUAUCAAAACGGAGAUAUACAGAUAUGGAGGGAUGAUACUUUGAUGAAGUCUACAAAAAUACAGAUUGGUGCAAUUCUCAGCAUUGUCGUGAACGGUAAAUGGCUAUUCACUGGAGGUUGGGACAAAACCAUCAAUGUACAGGAAUUGUCAGGAGAUGAGAUAUCACUAGACUGUACUCACGUUGGAUCAAUCCCAUGUGCAUCAGUAAUCACAUCUUUGUCAUAUUGUGAAGGCAAGCUCUUUGCAGGGUUUGCAGAUAAAACCAUUAAGGUAUACUAUUGUGGAUGCUAACAAAAACUACAAUUUUCUCGUGAAGUUUCAUUCUUCCAUAAGUUAGUUUUCUCCAUAGAUGCUGUGUAUAUCUAAAAAAAAAUCAUGUGUAUAUGAAUCUUUUCGUCCCAUCUGUAUAUAUGUGAUUCACAAAUUUGCAAAUACGUUGAUAUUAAAUCAAAUACAAGAAAAGAUAAUUUCUUAAGCUGAGUGACA